AUGGGAGCUUCAAUAAUUUUUCACGAGUCCCCAGGUUAUUAUGGCACGGUUGGUUCCGGCCAGUUAGGUUCGUUUUCCGACCAUUUCCUGUGCAAUUUCGGCCGGAAUCCGGUGGCAAGGAACCUGCUGGAAUCGGCGAAAGCUGUGCCGGAAUCGAGAAGACCUGUACCGGAUCCGACUCAGAUUUCAACGGAUCCAGUCGCCGGAAUGAUCGACCUNAUUAAUUGA